CUUAACUGCCAGACACAGAGGGCACGCGGCUGUUGGAGACUUAUCAUCAGGAUAAGUCAGACUGAAAUAAAAAAUAAAAACAUCAGUGGUGUAAUUUAAUAGCUCUCUUUAUCAUUUUACUGGGGACAGUUCAAGAGGUGUGAAGAAUGCGUUGCACCUCAGCCUGGAUUGGCUGGGCUUUAUGUUUGUGCGCAUCUCUGGCCGUGCGUGCACAGGACUACACCGAGGACGACGGGAUGAUCCUGGACCUGGUCGGCGAGGACAGGACUGAUCCUGAAACCGGAACCGACCCGGCAGCCGAGUUCAUCAGGUGCAACAAGGUAGCCUGGCGCAUUCCCGGACAGUACAUAGUUGUAUUGCGUCAGGGGACGCACGAGUCUCAACUCCAGAGGACCAUCAGGAGGCUGCGAAGUAAAGCAGCCAGGAGAGGAUACCUGGUGGAGAUCCUGCAGACCUACUCAGGAGCACUGCGUGGCUUUCUGGUCAAACUGAGUAGUGACGUCCUUCACCUGGUGGCGAAGCUCCCUCACGUGCACUACAUAGAGGAGGACUCAUCCAUCUUUGCUCAGAGCGCCCCCUGGAACCUGCAGAGGUUACUGCACCCUUACGGUGGUUUCUCCGAAAAUGGAACAUACAGACCUCCAAAUGAUGGAGGGAGGACGCAGGUGUAUCUGAUGGAUGGCAGUGUGCAGAGUUCUCACAGAGAGGUUGAAGGACGGGUACUCAUCACAGACUUCAAUAACGCCCCUGAAGAGGAUGGAGUCAGAGUUCACAGACAGGCCAGUCAGUGUGACAGUCAUGGUACACACGUGGCAGGUAUUGUGAGUGGAUCAGAUUCAGGUGUUGCUCGAGGGGCUGCUGUUAACCUAGUGCGUGUGCUCAACUGUCAGGGUAAAGGGACCGUCUCAGGAGCUCUGGCAGGAAUGGAAUACAUUCGAGCCACUUUACUGGCCCGCCCAGUGGAUGCAGUAGUCGUGUUGCUUCCUUUUGCCGGUGGCCUCAGCCGUUCAUUAAACACAGCCUGUCGAGACAUGGUGGCUAACAGCGCUGUGGUCAUCGCCGCAGCAGGCAACUACAGAGAUGAUGCCUGUCUCUACUCACCUGCUUCAGAGCCUGAGGUCAUCACAGUGGGGGCAGUUAACUCAAUGGACCAGCUCAUGUCACAGGGAGCAGGUGGUACCAACUUCGGCCGCUGCGUUGAUUUGUUUGCACCCGGCGACGACAUCAUUAGUGCCAGUAGUGACUGCAGCACUUGCUUCACCUCCCGCAGUGGAACCUCACAGGCUGCUGCACACGCUGCAGGUGUCGUAGCAGUGAUCCUGUCGUCCAGUCAGAUUGCAUCACCAGUGCACGUCCUCCAUAUGAUGUUGCAUUACUCCAUCAGCAACACUAUCGACUUCCUAUCUCUGUCCGAAAGCCAUCGGCUCACUACGCCAAACCUGGUAGCAGCCAUGCCUCCGGUUAUUAAAACGUCACCAACAGAUGGGGAGCUACUGUGUCGGUCAGUGUGGUCAGAGAGGUCAGGAGUCGCGAGCACCGACAGGGUCAUCAGCCGCUGUCGUCAAGGGGAGGAAAUGAUGGGCUGCAGCAGUUAUGCUCCUGAAGGCGUCCGUGUGGGGGAAACCAUCACUAUGAACAGCGGACACAUGGAGUGUAUUGCCCAUAAUGGUCCAGCAGGUAAAGGUGUGUAUGCUGUGGCCCGCUGUUGUGUGAUAAGCGGUCUGCAGUGCCAGGUCCAUGCUAGUCCUGAGCAAGGACAAGCUGCUCAGUGCGUCGGCCCCCAGCACCACCUGACCGGGUGUACAUCGAUGUCCACAGCUGAGAUCUCAUCUGAUUCGCAUCCACGUCACAGCCAGGGGAAGCGCUGCACGGUGAAAGAGGGGGUCACAUCACACGCGAUAUGCUGCCAUGCUCCAUCUCUCGAGUGCAACCUGUUGGAAAACAUAUCAGCUGACAAAGAUCAGGUUGAGGUUUCCUGUCCUUCCGGCUGGACUCUGACAGACUGCAGUUUCGUCUCUCGAGGCUCUGCUAUCUUGGGGCCAGUUGCCAAGGGAAACAGUUGCCAUGUCUAUGGUGUCACGGGAGUGGAUGGAGCAGCAGGUGCUGCCGUCUGCUGUCGUGUCGCACCACCAGAGCAGCAAGCUGCAACACCUCACUGAUCCGGUUUCACCUCACUUUGGUUUCUAACAUCGUUGAAACAGCUUUGACGUUGCCAUUUUUUGUCUUUGGUCAGUUUUAAACCCCCUUACACUUUUCUGAGAAACCUCAACAUCCUUAAUAUUCACUUAAAGCACUUCUGUAAAGCUGUUUGUGUGUGUUUUAGUUUUAGGAUUACGCCAGAUUAUGCUCCAGUGCACAUAUUAUAUGUGACUUGACAACCUGUAAGCUAUUUUUGUAUCUUUUUACAAAACAGUUAUAAUAAAAAGAGCUUUCACAAACAUACGGUUUGGAUAAUAGUGUAGUAUUUACCGGGUAUACCAUCCGCAUGCUGUUUAGAAGUUAAUAAACUGAACAAAUGAAAUCAAAAUGUUAAGCUCUGGUGUCAGCCAUGUGUGUUUUAGAGUGGAAAAACAUGAUGAUGUGCAGUGCACCACAGGUUGUCACAGUUAGCAUGUGUUAUGUAUGCACUGAUUUCCUGACAUUCCUCAGUCUUGUGCAGCACAGCUGCAGGUAAUCAGCCUGCUUGAUUAACAAGUCAGGUACCUUUUGCUCAUUUUGUGAAACAGUAGGUGGAAACAAAAUGAGGUAAAUGGCUAACAGUAGGGACACCAGUUAAACAAAUUUCAUGUCUACCCAGAGUGUUAUUGUGACAGUGGCUUUUAUGGCUCCACAGUUAGAGACUUAGUUCUGAUACACAGGUGGGUGACGUCAGUGUGAACAAGAGCAAAAGGAAGCAUAUAAACCACUGUCAGCUAGCUUGCGCCAAUCAGCUAGCUGUCUGAUUGGCACAAGACAGCAUUCUAUCCGACUGAACCUAUAUGACCAAAGACUGAUAAAAAAUAAAAACAAAGUUUACCCAGAAUACAGUAAAUGAAGCUAGUGCUGAAUUCAUGUGUGUAAUUCUGUUAGCAGGAUGCAGAGUAGGUACAAAUUAAAGAUUUAAGCUAUUCUGAUUUAGAAUCAGCAUUCUUAAAGAUUCAGUUGGUGUUUGUUUCUUAUGUCAUUUUUUGUAACCAUUUAACUAGUGACCUGAUCCAUCAGCUGUAAUGGUCAAACUUAGAAGCCUGAGCCUUCUAUGAGUUCUAAAACAUAAAAGAAACUGCUCUUGUUUUGUAUUAUUUGGUCUGCUGUAACCUGUAAAUGGUUCCCAAAUGGUGUGCCUCAAGGCAAGUUCAGGCCUGCUAAAAAAUGAGCUGUUUAUUGCAAUUUACACAAAUGGGCACCAAAAGUUUCAAAACCCAUGCUGUAAACAAAUUAAAUUAUCUGUUGUGCACUGUCUCUGAUGCAUAAAUUGAUAUCAGUAUCAACAUUGGGGCCACAGGUAAUGUUUUUAAGGUGCUGUAGACUGUAUAUAAAAGAUGGAUGUAGGUUCCAGGACUAAAAAAAGUAUGUGUGGAUUUGUGUGCAUCUAGUUGCAAAGAGAAGUCCAGUUUAAUAGAAUGAGAAAGUGGUCCUUAGCUUGUUUGCCUAGUAAAAGCUUUCCUGAUGAAUUUAAGACCUUAGCGUGUAGAUUCAAGCCUUGCUGAAGACAAGCUGGUGUUCAUUUAGUGAAUUAUAGUUCCUAUUCGUGUCUACAAAGAUAAUACAUUGAAAUGUGGCCUCCAAGUUUGUCAUUAUCUUGUUUUAAAAGAGCUAAGAUGGUGAAAAUGCUCAGUUUGAAGCUUCACAAAACAACUGGCGAU